GAGAGAAAACGCGCGGGAAAUUGGUGUUGGAACUGUAUAGUUUUCAGCCACCGGGGGCGCCGGUGGAAGGCCCGCGCGUGGCGUGUAGAGACCUGUAACGUCGCCGGAUAGAAUCCACAGGUCCUCCCUCGCGGAUUAAACGUGAGUGCUCUCUGUGUCGUGUAUUAUGUGUGAAGUUUGAGGAAGGAAUGCUGAUGCACGAUGCACAAUUCAUCCCAGUGAUUUGUGGCUACCGCAGUCUCCAUACACUAAAGUGAGUCUCCAGAGUUUCACUAGGUCUAUCUCUCCGACGAAUCUGAUAAUCCAUGCUAGAUGCGUUACAUUGCUGCAUAUCUCCUCCUCCAGAUUGGCGGGAACGCAUCGCCAUCGGCGGAUGACGUGAAGAAGGUGCUCGGUGCGGUUGGCAUUGAGUCCGAGGAUGACCGCCUCGGGAAGCUCAUCAGCGAGCUCGAGGGCAAGGACAUCAACGAGCUGAUCGCAGAGGGUUCCUCCAAGCUUGCCUCCGUGCGUCCCUCUCACUUAUUCUUGCGUUCACCGGCUGACUCUGCCUGUGUAUGCAGGUCCCUUCGGGUGGCGCGGUCGCCGUAUCUGCGGGCGGUGCUGCGGCUAGCGGUGCCCCGGCUGCUGCAGCCGAGGAGAAGGAGGAGAAGAAAGAGGAGGAGAAGGUCUGUCGCAUGCGCUUGUGUGCCUGCUUCAGCGAUGCUGACUACGCGUGCAGGAGGAGUCCGACGAGGACAUGGGCUUCGGUCUGUUCGACUAAGCUGGUGGGAGGGUGUGUAGCGAUUAAUGGCCUCGACGACAUGACCAUGGAGCAGUGCUAUUGAGCGUCUCCUUGAGUAUUCUGCCUCGGAGCAGACGAUGUUCGCACAAGUCGCUGCUCACGUUGCCCAUACCGACGUUUGAGUAGACAUGCCGGUGACAAACGUAACCUUGGAUGAUAACCGUGGGACGGCCAGCGCAGAUCGGUAUCUCAUUUCGUAUAGGGGACAAGUUAGAGGAGGCCAUAUAAGAGACACUCCGAAGACACGCCGCGAAGUACUCAGGGCUGGGAAAUUUAUGAUGCAGAGGCUGUGCUGUGCUC